AUGGCGGAUCUUAGCGGCAUCACAGUCUGGGAUUUCGCUUAUCGCAACGGUCAAUGUACGUUGACAUGCCGAUCAAAUUCAUUUGGCAGUCCAGAAUCCGAGACAGAGACACAAUGUCCAAUUCGACAACAGAAUAAAUCGAGCGACGGGUUCUUCCCCGGCACCCCCACCACCACAGCAGUUGAUUCUGAACCAUCGCGAUCCAAACCCCGAUCGAUCAUCCGGAGCAUAUCUAAUCGAGAGUCGCAAAGCAAGCAGCAAGACCCCUUAACGCAGCGGCGGUCGUAUCUCCUGUCACUCCCCAAUCCGUCUUGCACCUACUACAGGCAUGUGGUCACCACCGUGUCGACGAUGCUCAUGACGCCAUAUACCCAGCUAGUCCUUCUCGUGCCCCAAUCCGAUAUCGUUUGUCCCAAAGUCUGUGUACUGAGUCGACUUCCUAAGGCUGUUGGGAGUGGGAUCAGGAUUCUUCCAGUCCCACCUUCGACCACUAUGGAGUGCUCGUCAGACAAUGCCGACCACUGCGAUGAUGAUAGCAGUGGUGCUGGCAAGGUCUCUGAUAUGGAUGAAAUCGGAAUGAUGGCCAAGAGAAUUUCAAAAUAUGCCAAAGUAAAGAGCUUUGACGGAUAUCUGCCCCUGCAGGAAACUCGCGCUUGUUGGUAUUUUCUGGAGAAGGUCGGCAAGGAAGUCAGCAGAUUAGGCGGGAAGUGA